AUGGUCAAAUACGCUCUUUUGCUCUGCGCGGCAGUCGCAGUGACGGCCGUUGCAAUCCCAGCGCCCUUGAGGCCCGUUGCGGAAGUGACCAAGCGAGGAGAGGACACUGCUGUUGAGUAUUGGGACAAGCGAAGCGAGGAUACCGCCGUUGAGUACUGGGACAAGACCAAGAGGGCUGAGGAUACUGCCGUCGAGUACUGGGACAAGCGCAGUGAGGAUACCGCUGUCGAAUAUUGGGAUAAGCGAAGCGAAGAUACUGCAGUCGAGUACUGGGACAAGGCCAAACGAGGCGAAGACACUGCUGUGGAAUACUCCUUCAACACGCAUGACUCCGAUGCUAAUACCAUGCUAGGGGACAAGGUCAAGCGCAGCGAGGACACUGCCGUCGAGUACUGGGACAAAGUCAAGCGUGGCGAGGACACUGCCGUAGAGUACUGGGACCGCAAGGCUAAACGUGGCGAAGAUACUGCUGUUGAGUACUGGGACCGCAAGGCCAAGCGUGGUGAAGACACCGCUGUCGAAUACUGGGACCGCAAGGCCAAAGCUAGACGCGGUGAGGACACUGCCGUCGAGUACUGGGACAAGAGAUCUCCUGACAGCAACACCGCUGUCGAAUACUGGGACAAGCGGUCUCCCGACAGCAACACCGCUGUUGAAUACUGGGACAAGAAGAUGGCCAAGCGUGACUCCGACACAGCCGUCGAGUACUGGGACUAA